AUGUCCGGGCGUUUUGUGCGUGCCUCCAAGUAUCGCCACGUCUACGGACAGUCGGCGAAAAAGGAUAAAUGCUACGAUAACCUUCACGUGUCCGAAAAUGCCUGGGACUCCAACUUCAUCAAGGUCAACCCGAAAUACCUUUCGGUCAAUUGGCAAGCCAGUGGUGGUGGAGCUUUCGCUGUCAUCCCACUCAACGAAACAGGCAGACUCCCGGAGCGCAUUCCCUUGUUCCGUGGACACAAACAGGCUGUGCUGGACACUGACUGGAACCCCUUCAACGACAACAAGAUCGCUUCGGGCUCAUCCGAUGGCAAGAUCUGCCUUUGGGAUGUCCCCGAGAAUCAUACUAUUCGCCCCGACCCGGAAGCGCUCGACAGCAUUGAGGCAGACCUGAAGCCUGCUGCGAUUCUGCAGGACACGAAGUCCAAGAAAGCUGGCCACGUGCUAUUCAACCCCGCAGCGGAAAAUGUGCUGGCAACGACCUCGGACAAUACAAUGAACAUUUGGGACGUUGGGACUCAAGAGUUGGUUUACUCGUUUGACACCCUAGGCGCCUUCUCGUCGCUAUCGUGGAGCGCCAACGGGUCCUUGCUGGCCACCACCUCGAAAUUCGAUAAGAAAGACCCAAAUAGGCUCAAAAUUUGGGAUCCACGUCAGCAAAAGGCCAUCGUUGAGACCGUGGGACACGGCGGAGCUGGUAUCAGUCGUUGUGUCUGGCUCGGUGAACUCGACCAGAUCGCAACCACCGGGUUCUCCAAGUUCGGCAGUAACCGUCAACUAGCUUUGUGGGAUAUUCGUUCCAUGAACGAACCAGUCGAUGGCUUCAAAAAUUUGGGUCAAGCGUCCGGUGUGAACAUGCCCUUCUGGGACGACAGCACCAAGUGCUUGUACACGGCCGGGCGUGGUGAUGGCAAAAUUUCUUACUGGGAACUUGAUGGCAAACAAUUCCAUGAGUUGGAUGAAUACUCGUCGGAACCUCAACGCGGAGUUGGGUUCAUGCCCAAGCGCGGCGUGAACUUGCACGAGAAUGAGUUAAUGCGUGCUUACAAGGUAGUCAGCAGCAACACAUUUAUCGAGCCCGUCUCGUUCAUCGUCCCUCGCAAAUCGGACGCCUUCCAGGAUGACAUUUACCCGCCCACGACUGGUGUCAAACCUGCCAUGACUUCGGCUGAAUGGAAGGCGGGUAAGGAGGCCAUCCCGCCCAAGAUCUCCAUGGAGAGCUUGUUUGACGGCCAAGGCCUCAAGGAAACUUCUGGCGUGCAGGAUAAGCCUACUGGUGCCGUGGAUGCGCCCGCCCACAAGAAAGCUGAGCCUGCUCCUCAGAAGGCCGAGCCCGCUCCGCUGCCCACCCGGGAACCUGUUUCUGAGCCGACACCUGCGGCUCGUCCCGCUGCGUCCAUGAAGGACCAGGGUGCUUCGAUGGCUGCAAUGGUCAACAAGUUCGCCGACAACCAGGAAGAUGAGGCCGAAACUGUCGACGAUGACGACUCUAGCUUCGAAGAAGUUCCCAAGCCGGCGGAGCGUGCCCCUCGCUCCCCUGCCGUCGAAGCAUCGUCUCCUCAAGUUAGCAGCCCCCUGCGACCCAAGCAGCCGGAGUCAAAGCCGGAGCCUAAGCCGGAGGUCAAACCCGAACCUCGUGUCUCCUCUACCGCCACCCCCACUCCCUCCUCUCCUGCUAGCGAAUCGACCAUUCCAACAAGUGCUGUGCACCAGGAUAUCAGCGAAAUCAAACAUCUUAUCGCCGAGCAAACCAAGACCAUUGCAUCCCAGGCACAACAGAUGCAGACGCUCGCCGCCGAGAUUGAAUCUCUCAAGGCCAAAUUGAAUUGA